CUAUCCCUAUCCCUAUCCCUAUCCCUAUCCCUAUCCCUAUCCCUAUCCCUAUCCCUAUCCCUAUCCCUAUCCCUAUCCCUAUCCCUAUCCCUAUUCCCAUCCCAUCCCAUUUAAGAACUGGUGCCUGCACGCUGAGGAUCCGCUUCUGAGAUCUGCAUUCCAGAGCAUCCCGGUUCCGGGGCCUCCCUAGCUCUGCUCCCCCCGCAGCAGGGCCCCGGGCCGGGUGAGGGCGGGCUCGACGUGGGCGUGGAAGCGGCCACCCCUUGCUCCGUUCCCUCCGACCCGUCCCGUCCCGUCGAGGCGGGGAGCCCACCAGCCAUGCCGCCACCGUGCCCCCGCGGAGCCCUGCCCGGGGCCUUCCUCCUCUUCUUCCUCCUCUUCGUCGUGCCGUUGCUCUGCGCAGCUCCCGAUAUUUCAAGAGGAAAUAAACUUAAGCGGAUGCUUCAGAAACGAGAAGCCCCCAUUGCCACGAAGCCAGAGGUGUCGCUGAAGGAAGAGGCAGCCAAGGGGUUCCUGCGCAGCCUGAGGCGCCCGCGGCGGCAGCUGUGGGACCGCAGCCAGCCAGACGUGCAGCAGUGGUACCAGCAGUUCCUCUACCUUGGCUUCGAUGAGGCGAAAUUUGAAGACGAUAUGUCCUACUGGACGAGCCUGGGGCGUGGUGGCAACGAGUACUACGGGGGGUACUACCAGCACCACUAUGAUGAGGACUCACCCAUCGGCCCCCGGAACCCACACACCUUCAGGCAUGGGGCAGGAGUCAACUAUGAUGAUUACUGAUGGCUUUCGUCCUCCUACAGCUGGGGUGCAUGGGGCUGGGCAAAGCCAAGCCCUCCCCCAGUCAAUGUCUCUGUUUCCCUCCUGUUCAUGUACAACAGCAGGAGCCAAGGAGCUGCCAAGAAAGAAACAUGACUUUUCUUUUGGUAUUGUUACUUAGUAGUAUGCGAUAUAUGAAGUGUUACAGAAAUAAAGCUUUUUUGAUAAAGCUUCCAAUUAUUUA